AUGAAUGAAAAUUUUUAAGAACAAUUUCAUUUUAAAUCUCAAUCUUUUUUUUGAGAUUUGUUGAAGAAAAAAGAAUAAUCAUAAUGAAAUUCAUCAUCCUUUUUGCAUUAAUUGCUAUCGGAACAUCUGUAGCGAUUGGUGAACAGGCCAUUCGUCUUCCAUUACCUGAUGCCAUAACGGAAAAGUUUCCAUGGAUGAUCAAUGAACCAUUAAAUGAUGAACGUGAAAGAAUUGUUGGUGGUUCGAAUGCAUCACCGGGUGAUGCUGUUUAUCAAAUUGCAUUGUUUCGAAAAGAUUCAUUCACCUGCGGUGGUUCGCUUAUAUCAUCGAGAACUGUAUUGACUGCUGCUCAUUGUGUUUUCGGCGAUGAAGCAACACCUUCAUAUUUUAAGAUUCGUUACAAUACAUUAGAUCGAACCAAUGGUCCGACUAUAGGUGUCAGUAAAAUUUAUCGUCAUAACUUAUAUUCAUCAUCAACCAUUGAUUAUGAUGUUGCUACAUUGAUUUUAUCUCAACCUUUUACUCCGUCGGCCAAUGCUGAUAUUAUUCCGUUAACAACAAGCGAGCCAGCUGAUGGCACAAAACUUCAGAUUACCGGCUGGGGAAGACUUAAAUCCGGUGGUACAUUGCCAACAAUUCUACAGAUUGCAAGUGUAACAAAAAUGUCUCGAACCAAAUGUUCGAGUACUUGGGGCUCUGUCAAUGCAAUUACUAAUCGAAUGUUGUGUGCACACAAUUCAAAACAAGCAUCAUGCAAUGGUGAUUCUGGUGGUCCUUUGGUCUCUAAUGGUCAUUUGGUUGGUGUAGUUUCAUGGGGUCCAUCAACAUGCUUGAGUACCAAAUAUCCGACCAUUUAUAGUAAUGUUGCAAAUCUUCGAAAUUGGAUCAUUUCAAAUACAGUUUAAUGAUUAAUCAUAAUCAUUUGAAUAAUUAUUGAAUUUUAAUAAAAAUUUAUUUUAAAUCAUUAUUAA